AGCAUGUGGGUUCUCAUGUUUUUUUCUAUAAAACCCAUCAAUCUCUCCAUUCCUCAAUGCUUUCUUCUUUCGUUGACAUCAAUCAAGAUUAUUUCUUCAUCAUAAUUUCAUUGAUUCUUCGACAAGUUUUGAGUUAGUAAUGAAAUUGUAGUGUUAUAAGUAAAAAUUUGCUCCCUUGUUUUUGAUUCAUUUUUGGGUGUUUUGAUUGGCUGUUCUUUCGUUGAUAUGGCCCGGGAUUGAGUGAAUUUUAUAGAGACUGUGAAUGGAAGAAAGCAGCACGAUGAUCAAGUUCAAGAGGGUGUGUGUGUUCUGUGGUAGCAACACUGGCCACAGACAAAUCUUUAGUGAUGCUGCUCUUGAAUUGGGCGAUGAACUGGUGAAGAAAAAGAUAAACUUGGUUUAUGGUGGUGGAAGCGUGGGGUUGAUGGGCUUGAUAUCCCAGAAAGUGUAUGAUGGAGGUUGCCAUGUUCUUGGGGUCAUUCCAAAGGCUCUCAUGCCUCUUGAGAUUUCUGGUGAAACUGUUGGAGAAGUAAGAACUGUUUUAGAUAUGCAUGAGCGUAAAGCUGCAAUGGCCCGAGAAGCUGAUGCCUUUAUUGCUCUUCCUGGAGGAUAUGGAACCAUGGAAGAGCUACUGGAGAUGAUAACAUGGUCCCAACUUGGAAUUCAUAAGAAAACGGUUGGUCUGCUAAAUGUUGAUGGCUACUAUGAUUGUCUGCUUGCUUUAUUUGACAAUGGUGUGAAAGAGGGUUUCAUAAAGCCAGGUGAUCGUCAUAUCAUUGUUUCUGCUCCCACAGCCAAAGAACUUCUGGAAAAGAUGGAGCUGUACACUCCCUCCCAUGAACAUGUUGCUUCUCAUGAAAGCUGGCAUAUGGAGCAACUUGGUGAUUAUCCAAGGAAACAAAAUUCACAGUGAAUUAUUGGUGGUGGUAGGUCUUUCUUUUAAACAUUUGACUGUCGUCAUCACUUGAGCUGUGUACAAUUUCUGAAAAUGUGGCCACAACUGGUCAUAUCAACUUCUGUCAAUGUCAUUGAGUUCUAUUGAAAUUAUGCAUUCUGA